GAUUCUCCGCUGCUUGCACUCUGUCUCUCAAAAAUAAAUAAAUAUUUAAAAAAAAUUUUUUUUAAAUACACUUGACUAGAAGCACUAAAUUCUACGACAUUGAGACAAUGGAGCGGCGGGAGGGGAAGUAGAGGCAGAGACCCGCCCCAGAGCGGGAGGGACGAAGGAGAGGUCCGGGGGACAGCCCCCGCCCCACCCCGCGGCGAGCUGGCCCCGCCCCUCGUGCCAGCCCCUUUUUAAAAAGCGCGGGCGCGCCUUGCGCAGGCGCGGUGCCACUUAAACCUUAGUCGCCUACGCCUUGGUGGUAGGAUGGCGGAAUUGGUCUCUUUUACGGUUCCCACCGAGAGUGACAAAACCUUGCUGGUGUGGGAGCUGAGUUCUGGACCCACGGCCGAGGCCUUGCAUCAUUCUCUGUUCGCAGUAUUCUCCCAGUUUGGCCUUCUGUAUUCGGUCCGAGUCUUCCCAAACGCUGCAGUGGCCCGUCCUGGUUUCUACGCCAUCAUCAAGUUUUACUCAGCAAGGGAUGCUCACAGAGCCCAAAAGGCAUGCGACCAGAAGCAGCUUUUUCAGAAUUCUCCAGUGAAGGUUCGUCUUGGCACCAAACAUAAGGCGGUUCAACAUCAGGCCCUUGCCCUAAACAGCUCCCAGUGCCAAGAACUGGCAAAUUAUUACUUUGGUUUCAAUGGAUGGUCAAAAAGGAUCAUCAAGCUUCAGGAUCUUUCUGACCUUGAAGAAAGGGCAAAUGAAGAUACUGUGCCACCACUUCAGAAGCAGAGCCUGAAAUUCUUCUGUGCUUUAGAGGUGGUGUUGCCAUCCUAUGAGUGCCGGAGUCCCGGAGCUGGCAUGGCCGAGGAGCCUUUGGAUAACCUGGAGGAAGGGCCACUAUCAUUUCUUAUGAAAAGGCGGACAAUCCAGAAGCUUGCUAUUCAGAAGGCUGUGUCAGAUGCAUUCCAGAAACUGUUGAUUGUGAUUUUAGCCCAGAUGUCGGCCCCGCCUAAGGAGUUGACGGAGACUUUGGUUCCAUUCCUGGACACGGAUUCCGUUGGAGAACUACCCCCAGGGCCAGAUGAGGAUCUGAAUGACCAGCUAACCCAGCAUCAAAGGCUCCCAGAGGUGGUUCCAAUGCCAGCCCAGCAAGAGGCCCCACCUCAGCUUCUUGAACAUACUGAGGAAGCAGAACUUUCUCUAACCCAGCAAGAGACCUCGGGUAAGCCUCCAGAGGAGGUGGAGCCUUCAAGUGAGCAGGAGACCCCAGGUCAGCCUUCCGAGCCUCCUGGGGUGAUUGAUCCUUCUCUAAGGCAGCAGGAGACCCCAGCUCAGCCUUCAGUGCCUCCUGAGGAAGCUAAGCCUUCUCUAAGCAAACAGGAACCCCCAGCUCAGCUUCCAGAGGCCCAGGAAGAGGGUGAACCUUCCCCUCUCCAGGAGGAGGGCCAGGGUCAGCACCCACAGGCCUCCGAGGGGAGUGAACCACCUACAACCCAGGAGGAGUCCCGAGCUCAGCAUCCACAGACCCCUGAGGAGGUUAAACCUCCUUCAACCCAGCAGGAGGCUCCAGCUCAGUAUCCUCAGGCAUCAGAGGAGGGUGAGCCUUUUCCAACCCAACCAGAGACCCCAACUCAGUAUCCAGAGCCCCUUGAGGGGACUGAACCUUCUCCAGCCCAGUCAGAGGCCACAACUCAGCAUCCAAAUCCCCUUGGGGAAGUUAAACCUGCAACCUAUCAGGAGGCCCCAAGUCAGCAUCCACAGACCUCUGAGGAAAUUAACCGUUCUGCCACUCAACAGGAAGCCACAGCUCAACAUCCAGAGCCUUCUGGUGAACCUUCUCCAACCCAACAGGAGGCCCCAGCUCACUCUCCAGAACAUCAGGUGGUAACAGUUUUUCCUCAAGGUCAGAAUCAAGCUCAGCUCCUGCCGUUGCCUAAUGUCACUGUUAAACCUGUGGAUCCUUCAGUUACCACGACCUCAGAAUCCACUAAUGAGGUUGAAGCUUCUCCACUCCGAGAAGAGGCCUCAGCUCAGUCUGGAGUGUCCCCUGAGCAGUUGGAACCUUCUCCAACCCAGCAGGAGGUCCCACAGCAGCAUCCAGCGCCCCCUGAAAAUGUUGAAUCUUCUCCAGUCCAGCACGAAGUCUCAACUCCACCCGAAGAUUUUCCUGAGGAAAUUGAACUUUCUCCAAGCCAGCAGGAGAGCUCAGCUCUGCCUCACGUGCCUGUUGCAAGUAGAGAACCUCCUCCAAUCCAGCAAGAGGUCCCAGCUCAGCAACCAAAGCCCAAUGAGGGGGUCGAGUCUUUUCCAGUUCAGUAUGAGCAUCCAGCUCAGCCUCCAGGGUCCUCUGCAGAUGUUGUAGCUCAGUCUCCAGUACAGCAUGAGGUGACAUUCUCACCUCCAGGUCCAGGUGAAGCUCAGCAUCCAGUGUCGCCUGAUAUCACAGUUAAACCUGUGGAUCUGAGGGUUUUCAUAAGUCCCCAGGCAACUAAGGAGGUUAAACAUCUUGCAGUGCAGCAGGAUGUCCCUGCUCAAUCUCCCCCUGAGCAAGUUGAAUUUUCUCCAGCUCAGUCCAAGCGUCUUUCCCAGUCUCCAGAGUCCCCUGAAGAUGAGUCUUCUCCAGGCCGACAAGAGGUCCUAGCUCAGACUCCAGACCCUCCUAAGGAUGUGGAACCUGCUUCAGGCCAACAGGAGGCCCCAGCUCAGCCUUCAGAGCCUCCUGAGAAGGUGGCACCGUCUCCAGUCCAGCAGGAAACCCUAUCUCUACCUCUCGAGCCACUUAAGGAGAUAGAACCUUCUCUAACACAACAGGAGGUACAAGCUCAGCCUUCAGAGGCCCCUGAGAAGGUAGAACCAUCUCCAAUUCUGCAGCAGUCUCCAACUCAACCUCCGGAGCCCUCUAAGGAGGCAGAAACUCCUCCAGCCCAGCAGGAGGCCCCAGUUCAGCCUCCAGAGCCACCUGAGGAGGUUGUAGCACAACCUCCAGUCCAUAAUGAGGUGACAGUUCCACCUCUAGGACAAGAGCAAGCUCAGCAUCCAAACUUGCCCAAUGUUACUGUUCAGCCUGCUGACCUGGAGCUUACUGUAACUCCAGAACCUACUGUGGAGGCUGAGCAUUCUACAAUCAUGCAGCAGACUAUAGCUCCUCCAGAGGACACUGAGGUGACCCCUCCACAUCCAGAGCAGGUCCAGGCUGAGCAUCCAAAUCUGACUGAAGUCAGAGUUCAGCCUUUAGACCUGGAACUGACCAUAACUCCAGAACCCACUACAGAGGUUGAAACUUCAACCACGCAAGAGAUCCCAGGUCACCCUUCAGAGCCACCUAAGGAGGUUGUGGUUCAGCCUCCACUGUUUCGGGAGGUGACAGUUCCAACUCCAGGUCUGGAUCAAGCUCGUCAUCCAUUGUCACCUAAUGUAACAGUUCAGCCUUUGGACCUAGAGCUUACCGUAACUCCAGAACCCACUAUGGAGGUUAAAGCUUCUACAGCCCUGAAGAAAACUACAGCUCCUCCAAAGGACCUUGAGGUAACAUUUGCACAUCUAGAGCAGGUUCAGGUUCAGCAUUCAACCUUGAAUAAGGCCAAAACUCAACAGACCCCAGAUCAGCCUCCAGAGCCACCUACGGAACUUGUAGCUCAACCUCCAGUAUAUCAAGAGGCAGCAGUUCCAACACCAGAUCAGGAUCAAGCUCAGCGUCUGUGGUUGCCGAAUGUAACAGUUCAGCCUUUGGACUUGGUGCUUACUGUAACUACAGAACCCCCUACGGAUGUUAAACAUCCCUCAGCCCUGCAGCAGACUACCGCUCCUCCAGAGGACCUUGAGGUGACAUUUCCACAUUCAGAGCACAUUCAGCAUCCAACCGUAACUAAAGUCACAGUUAAACCUUUGGACCCAGGGCUUCCCAUAACUCCAGAAUCCACUACAGAGACUGAACCUUCUCUAACCAUGCAAGAGACCCCAACCCAGCCUCCAGAGCCACCUAAGGAGGUUGUUCAGUAUCCAUCCCAACAGGAAGUGACAGUUCCUACUCCAAGUAAGGAUCAAGUUCAGCAACCAACAUUGCCCAGUGUCACAGCUCAUCAUGUGGACUUGGGGCUUACCAUAACUCCAGAACCUACUACAGAGGCUGAACAUUCUACACCCAUGAAGGAGACUACAGCUCCUCCUCCAAAGGACCUUGAGGUGACACUUGCACAUCCAGAGCAGGUUCAGAGUCAGCAUCCAAACCUGACUGAAGUCACAGUUCCACCUCUGGACCUGGAACUUACUGUAACUGCAGGAUCCAGUGUGGAGACUGAACCUUCUCCAACCACGCGAGACACCCCAACUCAGCCUCCAGAGCCACCUAAGGAGGUUGUAGUUCAAUAUCCAUUCCAGCAGGAAGUGACAGUUCCAACUCCAAGUAAGGAUCAAGGUCAGCAUCCAGCAUCACCCAUCAUCCCAUUUCGUCAUGUGGAGCUUACUAUAACUCCAGAACCUAUUACGGAGGCUGAACAUUCGACAACCCUGAAGAAGACUACAACUCCUCCCCCAAAGGACCUUGAGGUGACACUUGCACAUCCAGAACAGGUUCAGAGUCAACAUCGAAACCUGACUGAAGUCACGGUUCCACCUAUGGACCUAGAAAUUCCUGUAAGUCAGCAACCAGCGUCAUUUGAGACAGGUUUUCCUCCAACAACUCAACAUUCUGUGGUGCAUUUUGUAAACUAUACCUCAGAAAAGGCAUACACAACUUUAACUUGGCAACCAGAACAGAAUGCCACCACACACCUCAAACUAUGUGAGCGUUGUACCUGCAAAGAUGAGACACUGUCGUGUGUUGGUCUCAGCCUACAGCAGAGGCUCCGCAGAGUGCCCGUGCCGGAGCCCGACACCUACAACGGCACCUUCACCAUCUUAAAUUUCCAAGGAAACUCUAUUUCUUACAUUGAUGAAAAUGUAUGGAAGGGAUACCGUUGGGCUGAGAAACUAAUUCUCAGUGAAAAUUAUCUGACCGAAUUACGUAAAGACACAUUUGAAGGCCUGCUAUCCCUCCAGUAUUUAAUUAUCAGUCGUAACCCUCUGUCAGCUGUUGAAGAUUCCUAUCUUUUUAAGUUGCCAGCAUUAAAAUAUUUAGACAUGGGAUCAACACAGGUGUCACUUACAACAGUUGAGAGCAUCCUCAUGAUGACCCUUGAAUUGGAAACACUGAUAUUACCUAGCCGUAUGGCCUGCUGUCUCUGCCAAUUUAAAAAUACUAUUGAGGUUGUCUGUAAGACAGUCAAGCUACAUUGUGACAGUGCAUGUCUGACAAAUGGCACACAUUGUGAUCAGGAAGUAUACCUAAGGAAUGCAGAAGGAUCAUUCGUGAAGGUAUUGAAAGCUCGAAAGAAGAGCGCCAGCAUGGAGCUGACUAUUGAGCCAGAGAAGGCAUCCUCAGACAUAGAUCGUGUCAGUUUGUCAGCCUUUAUGAAUGAGCAGCUAGACUUCAAUGACAAAAGUGAUGUCAUUAGUGCACUCAAUUACAUAUCGCCUUAUUUCUCGGAGGGCAAUCUAGAAGACGUAGAAUCGAUGCUGUUACCGUUCAUUAAAUUUCUGUUUUCAAAUGUGCAAGAGGGAGACAAGCCCGUGGGUCACUCGAUGAACGACACAGGGGACCCUUCUCUUAAACCUGGAUCCAACAAUUCAACUUACAAAAAUAAACUGAGAAAACUCUACUUUCUGGAAAAUUUGUUAGAUGCAGAAAUUCAGGAAAAAAUUGAUGAGGUGAAAAACGAAGAAAAAACGGCCAUGCUUAUACAUUCCAGCCUUUUAGGUCCCAAGUUUAAACGUCAAAUCUUUCCAAAGAAAUGGGAAACUGCCCAACCGCAGGAGAAGAGCCUCGACGAAGUUGAGAGUGUGGGGAAAAAGUUCCUGACAGUGAACAAGGUCAUCAAGGGCCCAAAGGGCAUACGGAAAAGGCACUUAAAAGAACUGAGACGUCAGACAAUCCAGAGGACACAGAACGCCCAGCCGUCUGUGGAGAACAUGGCCAAGGAAAGAAGGCUCAGGAGACCAUCCCGAGGGGAGCUUCACGUGGCGCACAGGCCCAGCAAAUUGGUGGGAAGCUCCUUCGAUACAGAGCCUUCAUUCGUAGAGGAGCACAAGGCAGCGGUCUCUUCUUUCCUGAAGCAAUACUCUUUGGGCAGGCCUUCUGCCACCCCUGCUCCAAAAUCCCCACCUGACGUGAAAAAAAAAUCAAAAGACUUCAUGUACAGCGUUUUUCUUAUACAAGAUGCAAAUGAUAGAGUUAGAAAUGUGAAGGCUUUCGGGCCAGCCUCACACCCCAGAAAAACACACCGCUUUCAUAAAAGUCGCUCCCGUGUGGUCCACAGAACACCCAAGGCCAAACUGAAUCGAAAGUCCAGAAAGGAAAGUUCACUCAGUAAUAGACAGCUGCUUGCAAAGAGGCCUCCAUCCUCUGCAGUCAGGAGCCUCAUAAAUUCCCCUUCACGAGAGGAUUUUUCAUCUCCGGGAGAACUGAGUCCUCAGAAAAAUCCUUUUCCAGAAUUCUUUGCUCCUUCAGGAACUUACAGAGAAAACACUACUGCAGAGAACACUACUGCCCAAAAUGUUUCUGACGAAAAUAUUUCUACAGGAAACACUACUGUGCCAGAACAAACCCUCCCUGAAUUCACAAACCGUAAGAAUCUUUCCACUGCUAAUUCUACUGUUACUGCAGACAACUCUACGCCGACCGUUAAACAAACCAAUGAUACACAAUGGGAAUACCACAAUGCGGGCACUGGCUUGCCCCCAAAAGCCACAGGCUUCACUGUGUCAAAGCUCUCGUCCUCAGGUGAUCUGUUUGAAAUUCAGUUAAACCAGCAGCUACGGUCCCUCAUCCCCAGCAAUGACGUGAGAAGCCUCAUUUCUCAUGUUAUCUGGACUUUGAAAAUGGACUGCUCUGAGACCCACAUGCAGCUGGCCUGUGCCAAGCUCAUCUCCAGAACAGGCCUCCUGAUGAAACUUCUCAGCAAGCAGCAAGAAGUAAAGGUGUCCAAGGCAGAGUGGGAUACGGACCAAUGGAAAAAUGAGAAUUAUAUCAAUGAGAGCACAGAAAUCCAGAAUGAACAGAGAGGGCAGGAGUCAAGGGAGCUCACAAAAGAAGUUCCAGGCUAUGGCUAUAACAACAAACUCAUCUUGGCAAUAUCUGUGACUGUAGUAGUGAUGGUUUUGAUCACAGUUUUCUGUCUCAUUGAGAUUUAUUGUCAUAGAGCAGCAGCCAAGGAAGGUAAAGAAGGAAGCUCAAGGGGCUUCUUUGGAUCUCUGCUGCGUAAGAGAUGCUCAAAGGAAAGUGACAAUCAGGAGGGCUUUUUCUGGAGAAGGUGGCCACUUUGGCUUAGGGACAUGUACAGACCUCUCAAUGCCACACGCAAGAAAAACAUGGCACAGAAGCUACACGACAAGGAUUCUUCUGAUGAAGAUGAGAUUUUCCACAUGGAACUAGGGGAGCCUGGCAAAGCCACAGCAGAGAAGGCCACAGAUUCCACUACUGAAGAGCUGGGUGACGAGAGUGAGACACUAUGUGAGGUUGUCACAGAGUGAACGCCGUCCUGCCUCAGGCCACCUACAAAGUUUACUUUCCGAUACUGGCUUCUCAGCAUUGCUUAUAAAAUACGUUUUCUUCUCAUAUUGAAAUGUAUAAAUCCAUAACCAAUUCUAGCCACAUGGUAAGGAACUAAAACGUAAACAGUUCAAUAUUUAUCUACAGACAACAGGGGCCACAGGCGAGAGAAGCAGGACUGAAGCCAGAGUCCCUCGUGGUAGCCAGUAUUUCCACAAGACAGUCUGGGCAAAGUAGGGUGAAUGGGGCGUCUUUCCCUCAUUUCCCUGAUACAGUCAGUCUCUGGAAACUGGAGAACGUAUCUUCAAGGGGCUUAGACUAUUAAGUUAAUUAACAGCUUAUUCUGGUGCUCUCUCCCCUGGCUCACCAAAUACCAGUCCUUCAGAACGCGCUUGACCCCCUGCCCAUAGAGGAUCGUCUCUUUCUGGCCCCUCCGUAAGGUCUUUGGGGUUGCCAGAAUGUUUGGAUCGCUGAGCCUACCUCCACUGUCGGGCUGAGGCCUGUCUUUCUUCCCAAGAGCUCAAACUCGGACACAAAAUCUGUAGGUGGAAGUAGAGUGUUCCUCAACCUUACAA